AUUAAUCUGCUAAACCACAUUUUCAUAGGACAAAUAACUUUGAAUAUAUAUAUUUUUUUUAAAUAGAGCCAAAGAAGAAGCAGCAGCCUUUACUGGGAUUGUACAAGUGUUCAAAUCCUCCAGGUUACAUCACCUCUGAGUGUGUAUGCGUUUGCACCAGGCGCUGGGGACUCAGUCCUAUUGGGUCCGGCGCUGAUGGGUGGACUGAAUAAAUAGCGAGGGGAGACGGGGAGUGAGGAUGAGACGAGUGAGGCAGCAGCAGAGGAAGUAGGAGGCGCAGACCAGGGAAGCUGCUCACAACCAAACUCUCUGCAGCCGCGCGGUGCACGGGCGACGGGACUCUGGCUGAGCUGCACCUCAACUCUCCUUUCACUCUCGAAUCCUUGUUUGCGCCUCUUUUUCUCCCCUCGCCACGGUUGCGCGUGUGUGCGCGCGUUUCCCUGCCUGCACCGCGAUCCAAGUUUGUCGCCGUGUCUCCCGCGAACAGGUUGCAAAGAGGGAAGAGUCCCCCUACUCGCUCGCGCGGCUCCUUCUCCUCCUCCUCCUUCUCCUCCUCCUCCUGCUGCUGCUGCUUUUCCACUCGAAUUCGAUCGACGGUUUCGGGUCAAGAUGAUCACCAUCAUCGCAGAGUUCUUCGUGGUCAUCCUGAAAGUGCUGUGGGCGUUCGUCACCGCCGGCGCCAAGUGGGUGGUGCGGCCCAAGGAGAAGAGCGUGGCGGGACAGGUGUGCGUGAUCACCGGCGCCGGCAGCGGCCUCGGGCGGCUCUUCGCCAAGGAGUUCGCCCGGCGACGAGCGAUACUCGUGUUGUGGGACAUAAACAGCCAGAGCAACGAGGAGACGGCGGAGAUGGUGCGGCAGAUCUACCACGAGCUGGACGCCCCCAUGACGAAAGACGGCCCCAUCGGAGGUGUGGAGGAGGUGCCUCCGUUCCAGCCGCAGGUCUACACGUACGCGUGUGACGUCGGCAAGCGGGAGAGCGUGUACUCCACGGCCGAGAAGGUGCGUCGGGAGGUGGGCAAUGUGGACAUACUGAUCAACAACGCCGGCGUCGUGUCCGGCCACCACCUGCUGGAGUGCCCCGACGAGCUGAUCGAGCGCACCAUGGUGGUCAACUGCCACGCGCACUUCUGGACCACCAAGGCGUUUCUCCCCAAGAUGCUGGAGCUGAAUCAUGGUCACAUUGUGACGGUUGCCAGCUCCCUGGGUUUAUUCAGCACAGCUGGAGUGGAGGAUUACUGCGCCAGUAAGUUCGGUGCCAUCGGGUUCCACGAGUCGCUGAGCCACGAGCUGAAGGCCUCGGAGAAGGAGGGCAUCAACAUGACCCUGGUGUGCCCGUACCUGGUCGACACCGGGAUGUUCAAAGGUUGCAGGAUAAGGAAGGAGAUUGAGCCUUUCCUGCCUCCGCUGAAGCCCGAGUUCUGCGUUAAACAGGCCAUGAGAGCGAUCCUCACCGACCAGCCCAUGAUCUGUACGCCUCGCAUCGUCUACAUGGUCAACUUCAUGAAAAGCAUCCUGCCCUUCGAGGCCAUCGUGUGCAUGUACCGGUUCCUGGGCGCCGACAAGUGCAUGUACCCCUUCCUCGCUCAAAGAAAGGAGGCCAUGAACAACAACGAGGCGAAGAACGGAAUCUAGGAGGGGGGGGGGGGCGCCGUUUGCAAAAAAAACGAACAGGGGCACGCGCGCGAAUGUGCGAGCAUGAGGAAACAACCACUGGGGAUGAAUGGGGGAAGGAAGGAAGGAAGAAAGAAAGAAAAGACUGAAUCGAGACUGGUGCACUUGCAUUGAGCAAAUGCAAAGGUUUACCAUAUUGUUCCUCUGGAACAAAGAAAGCUGUGUACUACACAAAAGAUUUAUUUGACUUUGUUUUGUCAUGUUUUUUUUUGUUUUUGUUUUUUUGAAAGUUUGUUUGAAGAAACCAACAUUAUAUACUGUGUCACUAGUUUUGAAAUCAUACAGAAAAGAUAUCCAAUAAUUAACUAUUUACAUAAUGUAGUCACCAGCCUUAUCUAGUGUCAUUGUGGAAAUAUACAGUAUGUUACUGUACAAACAGUAAAAAAUCUUUUUUGUUUUUUCACAUUUAUUUUUUAUUUUUGUAGACAUGCACUGUAAUUUCAGAUUGUUUCUCUACACUGCCAGUGUUCUCUGUGUAGGAAGGUUCAGACUACACUACAUCUCCCCACACAGAGGCUUUUCUUUUCCGUCCCUCGGUCAGGAAAUUGGUUUGCAGCUCAGAGCUUAUUAAAAAAAAAAAAAAUACAGUUUGAGAAUUUUUUUUUUUCACAAUUAAAACUUGUACCAUAUUUUGUUACUUAAGUUACAGACAUGUAGCAUUUGUUAAUAAUGACGUCUACGCAUUCCAAAUGGGACAUUUAAUGGCCAGAUCGUGGCUGACUUGAGAGCUUCACGGCAGUUCCCAGGGGACGGGGUCCCCUCGAGGGUCCACAUUGACAAACCUCUCCAACGAAAAGUGGACGAGGCGGUCAAUGUCCUUUGGUCGAACUGGGCAUGUCUGACACAUUCAGAAUGUAUCGCUUUGGGAGAAACCGAGAGGAAAUACACUUUUUUAUUUUUUUUUAUUUCAAGAUCUGUGGUUGUUUUUAUAUUGUAAAUUCAUGUUACCAAUAUUAUUUGUUGGGGGGCGGGAUCAAAAAACAAAAACAAAGGCUGUAAACUCCAGGCGAAUCCCCACGUGCUGAUGUGUGGUUGAGGGAAAAAUGUAUUAAAGACACUUGCUCUCUAUUAUCCUUUCCAAAGUAACACUUUAACACUCCUGUCCAUUUGUCCACCUUGUACAGUUAAAGUGAAAUGUAAAUGUUUAAAUGUUGUGAAUACCCCAGUUCCCCCUUCAAAAUGAAAUGUCUCCCACCAUAUUUGAUUUAUGAAUAUUUUAUAUACCUUUUUAGGACGACAAGAGUUUUUGAAUUUCAACUACAUUCCAAUAGGCGUCAUUCCUUCAGUCACAGUGAUGAGCCUAAAUUCUCUACCUCUUCAUUUUUUUGCCUUUAAUUUUUUUUUGACAAUAUGACAUAAGCCUCUUUUUUUUUCUUUUUUUGUAAUUUUCUGAAGACCGCUCCAUAGCAGAGCAAAUGUGGUUCCAAUGUUUAGUGUCUCUACCUAACUUAAAUUAAUAAAGUGAUUUAGAUUAUUA